UAUAAAUAUAACCACCAGUGAGGAAACAGACAGCUCAAGAUGUAUGCUUAGAUGUGCAGAGAAAUUAUUAUGGCUCUAGAUUGUAGGAAAAAGCUGUUUCAGGUGGUUGAAAAAUAAAGAAAUCUAGCACCCCUCCAGACCACCCUGAAGUACUUUGUGCCCCCUCAGAUUUUUAGAGUGCAUGACGCCCCUGGGAUCGCUCCAUACUAUUCUCUCCUCAGUACAUUGGUGACAGAUGUGGGAUCGUCCCAUACUAUUCUCUCCCCAUACAGUAUGCUCCCAAGCAACUACACGCGUGUGUCAGUGUUUGUGAUCGUGGGCUUCCCGGGGCUCCAUCCAUCCUUCAACCAGCUGGUGGCCUGGUUCUUCUUCUUCAUCUAUGUGAUCACGGUGGUGGGGAACAUCCUGCUGGUGGUGCUGUUUGCCCUGGAGCGCAGCCUGCAGAAACCCAUGUACAUCAUCAUGCUCAGCCUGGCUCUGUCAGAUAUAGUGCUGCUUGUCCAUAUCGCAGGCUUCUGCACGGUGGCCCUUCCCAAAGUGAUAGCUCGGUACUGGUGGGACGACGCUGGCAUCUCUUUCUUUCUGUGUCUGAUACAGAAACAAUUCAUCCACUACUUUGGAGCACUCACCUCUCUCAUCAUGAUGACCAUGGCUAUGGACAAAUACCUGGCUAUCUGCUACCCUCUCAGCCUAUCCCACCCAUCUCUCCCCCUUCUCCCCCCUCUUCCACCCCUCUCACCUUCCCCAUCCCUCCCUCCCUGCCUCCCUCCCUCCCUCUCUACCAGGUACAAUGAGCUGAUGACCAACAGGACCAUGUCUCUCCUAACAGCCCUGUCCUGGGUGUUAGCCAUGAUAUCUCCAGCCAUCACCACCAUCCAGUCAUCCCAGAUGCCUUUCUGUGGGUCCAACCGCAUCAACCACUGCUACUGCGACACCACGUCUCUCAACCAGCUGUCGUGUGCUGACAUCUCGUCCCAGAGCAGACUAUCCUUCUCACUAGCCAUGGUCGUUCUCUUUCUCCCCUUUGGCUUCAUCGUCUUCUCCUACGUCAACAUCAUCUUCACAGUGAUGCGCAUGGCUAACGCACAGGGCAGGAUGAAGACCUUCUCUACCUGUGCUACUCAGGGCUGUAUCAUUCUUAUUUACUACAUCCCCCGCUUCAUAGUGAACGCUACACCCUACAUCCCCAACCUGACCACGACCCCUGACCUCCGCAUCAGCCUCGCCAUUUUCUCCAGUCUGCUGCCACCCCUACUCAACCCCUUCAUCUAUUGCAUCCGUACCAAGGAGAUCAGGGCUUUCCUGGCCAAGUGGACCAACCGAGGGCAGUCCAACGCACAUCACAAACCCUGCAUCCACCCCAUAGCCUGCUGACAGGCACUCAGGCAGCCUGCCACUUAUAAAAUCACACAGGAGGCAUUAUGACUGCAUACAUCUCCUGUUCUCUCACCUAUGAAGGAAGCCAUUGGCCGAAACGUCCUCUGGUCAUGCAGGUGUUGAGCCCCAGAUCUGAUAUGUUUUCAUUAUUAUUAUUCAAUAUGGUAAACAAUAAACUUUCACACUUGU